AUGAAGGAAAUGACCGGCUACAAGCCACACACUCCUGCCUCGAUGCACAAGGCAUUUGGGUUCCUGCACAUCCAGUCACUACCACUGCCGGAGAACGUGGCUCUUCCACAGGAUGUCGAUUGGCGCCAACACACGCCGACAUCGAACUUUGUUCGCACCCAGGGAAGCUGCGGCUCUUGCUGGGCGGUUGCCUCGGCCAAUGCUCUGGAGAUGCAUGCAGAGCUGAACGGCCACGGAAGUGCCGGCGUGGCUUACGAAGAGAUCUUGAGCUGCACCCCAAACAGGAAGCAUUGUGGAGGAGACGGCGGGUGCUCUGGUGCGACGGCAGAACUGGCCUUCCAAUAUGUGAAGGACAGUGGCGUCGUAAUGAGGACGCCCGAGAUGGCCGCCGGAGGAGUUUGGGGGGAACGUUGUGGGAUGCAGCCGGGGCAGCGGAUCUGGACGGAUGGCUUCGUACGCGUCACGCCGAACUUAGCGCAACCUCUGGUGCUAGCCAUCGCCAUGCAGGGCCCGGUCGUCGUGUCGGCAGAUGCGACCAACUGGGAGACGUACAGCUCCGGGAUCUUCGACAGUUGCAGCAAGGAUGCCAGAGUGAAUCAUGCAGUUCUGGCAGUCGGCUACGGCCAGUCCGCCAGCGGGAAGUAUUUUCUUAUCAGGAACAGUUGGGGUGGAAUGUGGGGCGAGCAAGGGCAUAUCCGAUUGCUCCGCUUUGAUGAUGGCCCCGGGCCCACUCCGGCCUUCUGUGGCACCGACUAUCAUCCGGAAGAAGGAGUUGCAUGCCAAGGUGAGACCCGACCAGUGAAAGUCUGUGGAAUGUGCGGCAUUCUGUUGGAUUCUGCCUAUCCAGUCGGUGUUCGUGUGGAGAGCUCGACAGGCGAGAGAUCGAGUGCACAGAAGAUGUAA